AUGCCCUGCCUGCAGCCAUUUUUGGUUCUGAGCCUAGCAGCUUCCAAGGGAAGGAAGUCUGGUGGGGGCACCACCUCUUGGGCUAGGCAAGCCAGAAGAGCUGCCAAGCAAUCCAAGAGGGUGGUGAUGUCCACUGGCACUGGCAAGCCCCUUGAAAAAGGGGACAAAGCCCUUGCAAAAGGGACACCCCUUGAGAAAGGGAACAAAGCCCUUGCAAAAGGGACACCCCUUGAGAAAGGGAACAAAGCCCUUGCAAAAGGGCAACAUGAGAGCAAGUGCCAGGAGCUGAAGGACAGGCUGAUGAAGAGCCUCAAAAAGGGGAAGCUUGGUCCCAGGCUGGAAACUGGCACAUCCCUUGAGAAAGGGACAGCUGCAAGCAGCAGCAAUGCUGCACCUCUUGAGAAAGGGGCAAGCAGCAGCAAUGCUGCACCCCUUGAAAAAGGGAAAAGCAACUUCUUGAAAAAGAGGAGGCAACAGCCCUUGAAAAAGGGCAAGUCCUUGAAAAAGGACACUGUGCUGGUCCAGGACCUCAUGGCCCUGCAGAAGCUCCUUGACAAAGGAGUGGAGGACAUCUUGCAAGAGCUGGGCUCAUGGGGUGUCAAAACCUAUGGCAUCCAAACACCCAGAGAGAGCCAUGCAUGGAUGCCAGAAAACUCCAGGUUUGCACCCUUUGCAGAAGCAGUGAGGAAGAACAUGCCAAUUUCCAAGAUGGCAAAACCUUUGAAAAAGAAAAUUGUGAAAAGCAAGCCCUUGCAAAAGGGCAACUCCUUGCAAAAGGACAAGCCCUUGCCAAAGGGCAAGCCCUUGCCAAAGGGCAAAUCCUUGCAAAAGGACAAGCCCUUGCAAAAGGACAAGCCCUUGCCAAAGGGCAAGCCCUUGCCAAAGGGCAAGCCCUUGCCAAAGGGCAAGCAUCUCCUCAGCAGUGGCAGCAAGCCCUUGAAAAAGGACAAGCCCUUGAAAAAGGACAAGCCCUUGAAAAAGGACAAGCCCUUGAAAAAGGACAAGCCCUUGAAAAAGGGCAAGCUGUGUGCUAAGAAACACAACAGACUUGGCAACCUUUCUUUGCAAGAGAAGGUUGCUGCAGUUUGUGAGGAGCACAGCGAUGAAGAAGAUGCUGCCAAGGCCUUGAAAAAGUCAGCAACCUUGACAUUCAUACCAUCCAAGAACUUGAACCAAGAUGAGUGGAUCCGGAAGUUGAAUGCCCCCAGCUCAGCUGAUCUUCCCAAUUUCCGUCGCCACACCCGCAAGGUCCUUCAGCAAGCUCGUUUUUUCAUGAACUCCACCUGGUUGAAAACGACACAGAAGGGCAUAGAGGAUCUCCACGCUUUGCAGCUUCCUGGACGAGAUCAGUUCACGCCGAAUCGGGCGCAGGCGCGACAGCAGCAGGCACAGCUGGACCAGGAAGGCCCGGAAGACCCGGAGGAGUCACCAGUUGGCCAAGAGACCUUGAGGCAGGCUUUGUUGUCCAUGCUUACUUCAAUGCCAGAAGUUAACAAGACCAAAUGGAAUGGCAGUACCUGGAGCAACUUGAAGCAAGAUAGGUUGGCCACAAUCUUCUCCCACAUCAAAAAGCUUGCAAGGGACCAAGACCAAAUGAGGCUGUGUGCCAGCAAGCUGAAUGCAAGUUCCUUUCUGCAGUUGCAGGAGCUGGUAAAGAUGGUCAAGCUGCCUGAAGAAGAAGGCCAUCAACCCUUGAAAAAGGGUGAAGAAACCCCCUUGCAAAAGGGUGAGUCCUUGAAAAAGGAUGAGGAUGCAGCUUCUCUGGACUCAUCAGGCAUUCCAAAUAUGUUUCUGACACCAGAGAAACAAGAAGAGAAGCAUCCAAAAGCCAGCUCUGCUUCCCAUGCCAAAUCAUUUAUGAUGAGAAGGGAAGGAUCCUUGCAAAAGGAAGAAAAAGGAACUCAUUCCUUGAAAAAGGCAUUGGGGUAUGGCAGCAAGCCUUGCAAAAGGCCUGCAUCCCUUGAAAAAGGGAAAGCCCUUGCAAAAGGGAAUGGCCAUACUAAAGUGGAAGGAACCCUUGCAAAAGGGAAAGGCCAACCCCAAGGGGUGGCAAAGUCCCUUGGGAAAGGGAAGAAAGCCCUUGAGAAAGGGAAGAAAACCCUUGAGAAAGGGAAGAAAGCCCUUGAGAAAGGGAAGAAAGCCAUUGAGAAAGGGAAGAAAACCCUUGAGAAAGGGCACCAAGGGAUGAACGAUGGCCAUUGGUAUAAUGUGAGGAAGACAAGUGCCAAAAAAAGCAAAAGGGCCUACCUCACAGGAUGCUUGGAAGAAGGACAAGGGACAAGAAGGAUUUUGAUUGUAGAAGUCCCAGCUACCUGGAGCUCACAGCAUGAAUAUAUCUGUGAUGAAGUCAUGAAGUCCUUGCAAAAGGACAAGAUUGGCAAGGAGGAAGCCUUGCAAAUGAGACAGGUGCUGGUGAACAAGCAAGCCAGAAGAGCUGCCAAGCAAUCCAAGAGGGUGGUGAUGUCCACUGGCACUGGCAAGCCCCUUGAAAAAGGGGACAAAGCCCUUGCAAAAGGGACACCCCUUGAGAAAGGGAACAAAGCCCUUGCAAAAGGAACACCCCUUGAGAAAGGGACCAAAGCCCUUGCAAAAGGGCAAUAUGAGAGCAAGUGCCAGGAGCUGAAGGAGGCAACAGCCCUUGAAAAAGGGCAAGUCCUUGAAAAAGGAAAUGUUGCCAAAAAGGUGGCAGUUCUGGAGCCAAAGACUGCCACCAGCAAGCAGGCAAAAUCCCUUGCAAAAGGGAAGGAGACUGCAGCCCUUGAAAAAGGGUCAGAAAAGAAGCAGUCUCCUGAAGCCCAAUCAGAACCUUUGGCUGUGUUGGUUGAUUGGCACAAUUGCCUGAAAAAUAGUCACCAGGACACUGUGCUGGUCCAGGACCUCAUGGCCCUGCAGAAGCUCCUUGACAAAGGAGUGGAGGUGCAUUUGCUCUCCUUCUGUGGGGCCAAGCAAAUCCCCAAAGUUGAAAUUGACAUGUGGGAAAAGCUCCCAGAUCUCAUUGGCCAACUUCACUGGUGGGGAUGCUGCACCAGUCGCACUGGGAUGGGGGGCAAGGCAGAGUAUGCCACAGAGUGGGGCUGCCAGGUGGCCUUUGAUGAUUCAAAGGACAUCUUGCAAGAGCUGGGCUCAUGGGGUGUCAAAACCUAUGGCAUCCAAACACCCAGAGAGAGCCAUGCAUGGAUGCCAGAAAACUCCAGGUUUGCAUCCUUUGCAGAAGCAGUGAGGAAGAACAUGCCAAUUUCCAAGAUGGCAAAACCUUUGAAAAAGAAAAUUGUGAAAAGCAAGCCCUUGCAAAAGGGCAACUCCUUGCAAAAGGACAAGCCCUUGCCAAAGGGCAAGCCCUUGCCAAAGGGCAAAUCCUUGCAAAAGGACAAGCCCUUGCCAAAGGGCAAGCCCUUGCCAAAGGGCAAGCCCUUGCCAAAGGGCAAGCCCUUGCCAAAAGGCAAGCAUCUCCUCAGCAGUGGCAGCAAGCCCUUGAAAAAGGACAAGCCCUUGAAAAAGGACAAGCCCUUGAAAAAGGGCAAGCUGUGUGCUAAGAAACACAACAGACUUGGCAACCUUUCUUUGCAAGAGAAGGUUGCUGCAGUUUGUGAGGAGCACAGCGAUGAAGACGAUGCUGCCAAGGCCUUGAAAAAGGUCAUGACUCCUGCAGAGAAUGCAAAGGUCUGGAGCCAACACCAGACCCACUUGAAAGGAAACCCCUUGGAAAAGGGGGAGCAUGAUCAGAGAGGCAAGCUGGAAAAGGGGUUUGCAGCUGCCCUCUGGCUCUUGAAAAAGAGCUCUGCAGGAAGCAGAUUUCUCCAUGUCAAGGAAGAGGUUGCUGGCAGCACCUCUUGGAACAAAAGGGAGAAAUGGAUCAGCAAGAAGGAGAUGCUGAAAAUAUGGGAAGAAGAUGAGUUUGAAGCUCGUCUGGCCUCAGGCAGGAUCCGCUGGAGAGAGAGUCCCACCACCUGGGGUGUGUGGGAGUACUCAGAUACCCAAGACCUUGAGAAGAACUCCAAGGUCAGUAAGGGUGUGGAAUAUGAUCCUGCUGAGCAGGAGGAGGAAGCCUUUGACAGCCUUUGGCAGGCAGAUGGCCACACUGGGGUGCUGGGCCUCUGCCAAGAUGGAGCCAAAGGAUCCCUUGGACAAGGGAACACAAGCAAAGGCCUUGGAAAAGGCCAAGGCCUUGCAAGCCUUGCAAAAGGCAAAGGCCUUGCAAAAGGCCAAGGGAAAAGCCAACAAUUGGCCAUCAAGGACCAGGAGGUGGAGGAUGACGAGCAGGAUGAGGAGAAGGGUCGGAUGAUGAAGAUCCUGAGAAACACCUCAAGAGAGCCAAAAGAGCAAGGGAUGAAUGCAGCAAGUGCAUCAACGAACUGGAAGAGACCUUGCAAAAGGCCAAAAGCAGGCUCUCAAAGAUGGCCAAAGAUGAAACUGAGAAGAAGCUUCAGGCCUUGA